ACAUUUUUUCCUCCCCGACAGAAACGUCAGUUGCCGGAGACCUCGCUCGCUCGCUCGGCGCUGCCCGGUGGGUGUUUGCAGAAGGCAACAUCAUGGCGUCGGGAACAGGGGACUCGUCCAGCGGACACGAUGCGGAAUUGGACGAAUUGUUGGACAGUGCGCUGGAUGACUUUGACAAGACACCGGACCCUCCAGCCCCCGAACCUGCCGCCGCCGCCUCAGCCGCCAGCGGUGCAGAGAAGCCCCCUCUGCUUGAAGACAGCAAACUCUUUGAGACUCUCUUUGAGGGGGACAUGGCUACCCAAGCCAGGGAGGAGUGGGAGAAGGCCAUGAGCGAGUUGGCCCACGAGGAGCCCGAGUUACUGCAGCACUUCCAUAAGCUGUCCGAGGCUGCAGGCAAAGUUGGCACCGACACCGCCUCCCAGCAAGAAUUCACUUCCUGUCUUAAAGACACCCUGCGUGGCCUCGCCAAAAAUGCAGAUAACCUGCAGUCCUCGGGGCUUGCCGGGGACGACCUGGUCAAGGCGCUGGAAGGCCUGGGAUUGGAGGAGGGGGGCGAAGGAGGAGGCGGCGGCGAUGACGGGAACAUCCUCCCGGUCAUGCAGUCCAUCAUGCAGAAUCUCCUCUCCAAAGAAGUGCUCUACCCCUCCCUCAAAGAGAUCACCGCCAAGUACCCAGAGUGGUUGGAGGCCAACAAGCCGAGCCUCAGCCCGGAGGACUACCAGCGCUACGAGCAGCAGGCCAACAUCAUGGGAGAAAUCUGCAAGAGCUUUGAGAACGAGGAACAGGGGGCGGAAGAUAAAGAAGGAACGUUCGAGAGCAUCAUGGAGCUGAUGCAGAAGCUUCAAGACCUGGGCCAGCCGCCCAAAGAGCUCGCCGGCGACGCGCCUCCAGGCUUCAACUUUGACAUGGAGUCCCUCAACCUCCCAGGAGGCCCCGGGGCCGGCGAGCAGUGCUCCAUCAUGUGAUGAGGCGGCGGUGCGGCCCAAUCAGAAGCACCGGGGCCGACGGGUCCCUCCGUGUGCGCCGGCGACAAGCAGGGAGGGCGGUGGGGGGUUGUGAGGCGAAGUUCGGGCAGGAGGGCGACCGGAGCGCUCGACACCGAUCUCCCUCAGGGAGACUGUGUGUGGAUGCAGAAUCAUUAGGGGCCGCGCACACACACACACACGCCAAGCACGCCGUCUCCUGUCUAUAAUCAGCGGAACGUUUCUGUAUCGGUCCUUCACGGUUUAGUUUUAACAGCAUUUCUGUAAAAAGAAAAAAACACAGCUGUUCUUCGUGUUUGUUUUUUCACUAAACUGUUUGGCCUCAUGGUGAAAUCUAUCAAACCGCCUCACAGGUAUUAACAGUGCCUUUGCAAAAUGACUAAGUUAUUAUUAUUGACCUGGUUGAAUUGGUUUUGCCGUCAUUCAACUAAGCGCUUAAGAUUAUAGUUUUAGUGGUGUGAAUUCUGCAAUAUCAUCCCAUUGUCACGCCAAGUAAGCAAUAAUUCUUUGGUACUUCAUUAACAACGAGCCUUUGUUCCUGUGCAGGUUGUAACUCAACGAGUUAAUUAAUUAUUAACGUUUAAGGAAACGGGAAGAAAAGUAAUGUACAUUUUGUUAAUUAUUUAAAUGCUAAAAAAAACCUGGAGGAUUGAACACCUCAUGAGACGUUUCCAGCGGGGAUUGUAAUUCAAACAACUGAUUUAAAAAGCCCCUCUAAGAUAAUUACUCCAGUUUGCCUUUGCUGUGGUGAGAGUUUCUGUGCAAAGUGAUUCCCGGUGUUUGUCAUGUGCAGAGUGAUGUUUUGUCUGCUCCCGGCUUGGAAAGACAUUCAGGGGCGUUUACCACUGAGUACUUUUUGUCCUUUACCUUCCAUUGACAGUACAUCGUGUUCUUUCCAGAGGUGUGUCACGCGAGGAGGGGAAACCUUUAUACAGAUGCACUGUUGGGUGAAACAUCGGGGGCCUGAUGACACGCUGGCUUUGCUCGGUGGGUUUGUUUACUCCAGCAGGGCCACUUUUCACCAGCGGACUCAUCGCACCUCGGUGACCGUAGAGAGAGGACGAGAAGUCACACGGCCGUCGACUCAGCAAUUACUGCUCAAUAAAGGAUUCAGUCAGCCGAGUGGUGAAUUUACACUAAACGCGGCUAAACGCGGCUGAGGGGAAGCUGCUGUGGAGGUCCGGGGGGGGGGGGGAUCUAUCCAACACUCAGGGCCGAUGCACACAUGCCCACAGCAAUGUUAAAAAAAAAAAAAAGAUAAGCCUUCUCCUAUUUGACCGUCUUGUUUUGUAAAUAUGAAAUAAAAUGGUAUGCAAACUA